AUGAUUCCUGUCGACCAAAAUAUCACCCACAUCCCGUCUGAGGAGUACAAAUGUAGUAAGAAACAACACAGGGUCUCUAAGAUCACAGCCUUCCGCCGGGGAAUAGCUGAGGACGGGGCCGGUGGAGUAAGAUCACGGGCCCUGCACCACGGCGGCUCCAGGCUGUCGCCAGUGUUGGUAAACACUGCUGACAAGAGGGCCUCCCACAGUGUAAACACUGCUGACAAGAAGGCCUCCCACAGUGUAAACAGUGCUGACAAGAGGGCCUCCCACAGUGUAAACAGUGCUGACAAGAGGGCCUCCCACAGUGUAAACAGUGCUGACAAGAAGGCCUCCCACAGUGUAAACAGUGCUGACAAGAAGGCCUCCCACAGUGUAAACAGUGCUGACAAGAAGGCCUCCCACAGUGUAAACAGUGCUGACAAGAAGGCCUCCCACAGUGUAAACAGUGCUGACAAGAAGGCCUCCCACAGUGUAAACAGUGCUGACAAGAGGGCCUCCCACAGUGUAAACAGUGCUGACAAGAAGGCCUCCACAGUGUAA